UUUAUUUAUUUAUUGAGCCAUGUAUUUAUUUAUUUAUUUUUGAUUUUGGCAGUUUCAGUCCUUCAUAUUCUUUCUUUGUAUUUGAUGUUUAUGUUCUUGGCUCACCAGUAUGGCUUCCUUGGACACUUGAAAGGAAUUGAGCCAUCAUUAAUCUUUUCAGUUCCACCAGUUAAAAUGUCUGCUGUGAAAAAGGUCUAUUAUAACAAAUAUUUAGAAUGAGUGACUCUGUGGUACUAAAACAAAGUUCACUGGAUUUCCAAAUAGUUUUUUAUCAAGGCUCCCACAUAAUCAGUAACCUGGCCAGCAGACUAAGAGCAGAGUGUUUGUUUUUCAUUUCCUGAUGAAGUACAUAAGUGAAUAGAAAAGACAGUAAGCACAGUGAACCUUAUGAUGGAAACAUCAGUUUUCUGUCUUUUUGCCCUGUUCAGAUCAGCCCUGUCCACAUGCUUUUGGUCUGUUUUUUCCUGCUUUGGCCUCUUGUUCCAGAGCAUUAAGAAACUCUAGUAGUGUUCUUCUAACUCUGUGGCAACAGUUUGGGGAAGGUUUUGAAUGAGGGACAACCUUCUGCAGGACAAAUGAAGUGUUGUGCUGCACAGCAUAAAACAACGUGGUGAUGUAAUGUUUUGAGCUGAGUUUUUUUUUUCUUUACUUUGAGUUAAACCUUAAUACAUCCGUGGUUUUGAGAACUGCUUAAACGCUAGAGUACAGUAACAGCUGGAUCUGUCCAUGGUGCUGAAAAUCAGGCUGGAGCCUGCUGGACUUGCUGCUGCUUCACUUUAGGUUAUUUAUAUCCUGAUUCACAUGACAGGGUGCAUGCUGACAGAUAGACUGAGGGGCAGAUUUGUUUGCCCUCGGUAGAGCAGUCUUGACUUUGUGCUUUAACAGAGCUCAAAAGGUAUGCAAACAACCGAGAGACAGGCAGAGAGAGGGAGAGAGUCAGCGACAGAGAGAGAGAGAGAUAAAGAGAGAUAUGGGGGGGAAGGGGGGGGGGGGGGGUGUUAGGAGGAUGAUGUCAUAGGUUUUAGUCUGUGCCAUGGAAGAAGCGAAUGGCUGCAGCCCUCCUCCUUGUCCUUCGCUCCCGUGGCCAUUCCCAUCCCCAGCGUCAGCACCAGCAUUCAUCCAGGGAAAAGAGUGACAAACCGCAGAAUCAGAACCCGUUCAGGUAGGCUGUCUGCAAGUGGAGGAAACAAAGCGGAAAAGCCCUCCUGUCGGCUGGAUGUGAGCGGAUCGUCAAUCCAACGAGAAGUCAGUCAAGACGUGAUAUGGACCCAAACACCGGAACAAGCACAGGGCUACGUUCUGCCUUCUGUCUUUUUGUCUCCGUUCUGUAUUAUGACCAGCCGGCAGUGUAGAGGAGCUAGUCCUGCCCAGAAAGGAGGAGGAGGAGAGACACGCAGAAGGGUGUCGACAGUGAGAGGAAGGGUAGAGGAGAAGAGGAGGGGAGGAACGUAGAGGAAAUAAUAGAGUAAUAUUACAAGCUUCUAAUAAUGGCGGCUAAAUCGGACGGGGUUCUGAAGAUGAAGAAGAGCGACGUGGCCUUCACCCCCCUGCAAAACUCGGAGCACUCCGGUUCGGUGCAAGGGCUCCAUCCGGGCGGCCAGCCCGACUCUGCGGGUACCGGGGACGGGGACUUCGCUAACGGGGAGUCGCGUUGCUGCGGCGGGAGAGGCUCCAACUCGACGUGCCUUCGCCUGCGCAGAGAGCAGCAGAAAUACACGGUGUGGGACUGCCUGUGGAUCGUAGCCGCAGUGGCCGUGUAUUUGGCCGAUGUGGGCACUGACGUGUGGCUGUCGGUCGAUUACUACCUCCGCCGCGACUACUGGUGGUUCGGCCUGACGCUCUUCUUCGUUGUGCUCGGCUCCUUCUCGGUCCAGCUCUUUAGCUUCAGAUGGUUCGUCCACGACUUCAGCACAGAGGACGGUGCGGAAUCCGCCGCUGAUUGCUCCCACAUGGACGGGAACAAGCUAUUGAGCGGCUCGGCCUCACACGGUGAUGUUACCGCUCAACACCACCCUGCCACGCCGCAGAGACAGGCGUCGACCGCCAGUAAGAACACCACGACCAACAGCACCGCGAGCACCGCGGCGGGCAGCAGGAGCAGGAAACGAUCAGUCUACUACUCCUUCUGCGUCUGGUUCGGCCAGUCCCUCAUCCACAUCCUCCAGUUGGGCCAGAUAUGGAGGUAUCUUCACACCAUCUACCUGGGCAUUCGGAGUCGUCAGAGCGCUGAGACAGAGCGCUGGCGUUACUACUGGAGGAUGGUCUAUGAGUUUGCAGAUGUGAGCAUGUUGCAUCUAUUAGCCACCUUUCUGGAGAGCGCUCCGCAACUGGUGCUGCAGUUGUGCAUCAUCAUACAGACACACAAGCUUCAGGCUGUGCAAGGUAUGACAGCAGCAGCCUCCCUCGUCUCUCUGGCCUGGGCCCUGGCCUCUUACCAGAAGGCCUUGCGAGAGUCUCGGGAUGACAAGAAGCCCAUCAGCUACCUGGCUGUCAUGAUCCAGUUCUGCUGGCACUUCUUCACUAUCGCAGCAAGGGUCAUAACCUUCGCCCUGUUUGCCUCUGUGUUCCAACUCUACUUUGGCAUCUUCAUUGUCCUGCACUGGUGCAUCAUGACCUUCUGGAUUGUCCACUGUGAGACAGAUUUCUGCAUCAGCAAGUGGGAAGAGAUUGUCUUUGACAUGGUGGUGGGCAUCAUCUACAUCUUUUCCUGGUUCAAUGUCAAGGAAGGACGGACAAGGUGUCGGCUUUUCAUCUAUUACCUGGUGAUCCUAGUGGAGAAUGCAGCUCUCAGUGCGUUGUGGUAUCUCUACCGGUCGCCUCAUACCACAGACGCCUUUGCAGUGCCAGCACUCUGCGUCAUCUUUAGUAGUUUCCUUACUGGCGUGGUUUUCUUGCUCAUGUACUAUGCCUUUUUCCAUCCCAACGGGCCACGCUUUGGGCGCUCACCAAGCGGUCAGGGCCUUGACCUGGACCCCACUGCUCAGUUCUCCACACUACCACCUGAGGGUGCCACCAACUCACUGCGCUCCAACCGGGGAGCCACCACAACCCUGGAGCGUGACAUAGGGAAGUAUUCUGAGCGAGAUGGCUGCAUGCCGGUGUUUCAGGUCCGACCCACAGUGGCAUCCACGCCAUCAUCUCGUGCUCCACGCCUUGAAGAGACCGUUAUCAAGAUUGACCUUUGUAGGAACCGCUACCCAGCCUGGGAGCGCCACGUCCUUGACCGCAGUAUACGCAAGGCAAUUCUGGCCAUAGACAGCUCCCUGACUCCUCCACGGCUGCAGUACAAAGAUGAUGCCCUGGUGCAGGAGAGGUUAGAAUAUGAAACUACAUUAUAGUUCUACGAUAACUGUUCUCAGAAUCCAUAAAAGGGUGCAGCCAUCAGAGGGUUAUCCUGCUAUCACAUUAACAGCAACAAAGACUGUGGCAAUAAGAAUAUGUUUCUACCAACAAUCCCACUUUCAUCUCUCAUUCCUGUCUGUCUUUAUGGACUCCUCAACAUCAGUGCCCAACCCAGGACCCUUCAGCCCUGUUGGUAGUGAUCACAGCAGAGAUUUGGCACAAGUUCAGUUGAUGUCACCGGAUAUGUUUGGGUUCUCUGUAAGGUUGUUGCUGUUAUUUUUACUUCUGCUCAUCAGGGAAAUCCUGUGUGGUAUGAACUAAAUGCAAAUCAACAGAGUGCUUCAGCACUCUGCUCAAACCCUAAGAGGCUGAUGCACUGUUUUGUUUAAGGUUGGAAAUGACACAUGAAUUACACAGUCAUUCCUCUAAUGUGAUGAGGAAAGGAAAAUAUCACACAUUCAGCAUCAUUAGAAACUUGAAACUGUCAUAUCUGUCUUACUGUGUAGGUGUCCUACUGUUAGGAAGUUCUGAUGAUGUGAUCCUUAACAGCCACAACCGCCUGGAUAAUUCCAUUGUUAUCUACAUAAUAACACUCAUUGCUCCUGUUCUCUUUGUGCCAAAAUGUUUCCUUCGAAAUAUCCUCUAGCCUUUGAGGAUGUGGUCCAACUUAGAGAUGGCUGAGUAGUCAAAAAGUUCUUCUCUGGCCUAGGUCAGACAGAAAGCGAACUACAUGAAGACAGUGGUCAAAGUAGCAUCUAUACUCAGUCAUUUUGUUUUGUUUGGAUAAAAUCAACCAAACCUGGCGGGGAGGAAAGAUAGGGAGUGAGAAAGAAGGGAUGACAGUUUGACAGACACAAGCUCACAGUCUUUCUUUCAUAAGGAAAUAAGUGAAACUCACCCAAUGCCAAGAAAAAAUCUUCCUGGCAGCUCAACUCAACUAUUAGCAGUCCAGCCUCACAAACUUGGCUGUGCAAUGAUACUGAUCUUAACUUGUCUGUGGAGGAGAAUGUGGAGGGGAGAGAAGAAGAAAUAAGCAAAGUACCAGACAGCAUUGAAAAGGAGAUGACAGGAGAGGAUGCAGAAAUGAAUCAAGGAUGGAGAGGAAGAGAAAGCACAGACAGCAGCCAUCUCAGCCAAAUUAAACCAACCACGAGGAUGUACAGUACUCUGAUACAACAUACAGCAUUUUUUACUUUACAAAUCAUGUAGAGGGUACUGAAGUCAUUGUAAUUCUGUGUUUUGUGGUUGAGUGUGUAUGUGUUCGCAUCGGUGAGUGUGUGUGGUUAAACAAGAGAAGCAGCUCAGGAUGACAUGUGAUUGAAUGCCUCAGCUCUGUGCAUCGAUCAGUGAAAGGACACCUUGACAUUUUGACUUGAAGUCUGGCUGUUCUUUGAUAAAUACACAUCACCCUCUGGGGAAAAUGUUCCUGUUUUUGUCCUUGAGCUUACCCAGAAACAACAUUUAACAUUGUUUCACACAAGAUAGCAUCAUACCAGUGGUGUUUUUGAUGGCUUUGAUGAAGCUUUAUCUAUGAAAGCUUUAUCUGUUCUACCUCUGAUCCAGGACGGCCAUACCACAUAUUCCGGUGUAGCAGGGGUAGCUGAUGUAAUCCAGACAUUUUCAGUGAAUGACUUCUAAUGCAGGACAAAUGACUGCAAUUAGGAGUGUGGCAUGGAUGUACUGAAUCAGGGCUAGACCUGAUGAUGAAACAAGACAAAAGGUUUAAAACUCUGCCAGCUAUUCUUAGAGCCCACCAGUAGUGGAACUGAAAGUUAAGGGUUUGCAGAUGGUGACACAGGAGGAAAGAUCAGGGCCUCGCCAUUGAGAUUUAUCCUGUGAAGACAUUUAAAUCCACAACAGAUUUAAUCUUAUCAGGAUCUCUUGUCAUGGCUAGUCAAGGAACAUAUUCAACUGAAUGGUGCCAUUAAAAGAAGCAUCAGUGGGUCACCAAAGUCAUCUUUAAGGAUUCAUGAAUAUCAAUACCAGAAGUUGAUAAGUCACUGUGCUAUUAACCAAAGUGUUGAUAGACAGAUAGUCAACAGACUGACCAUCAUUGCCCAACUGAUACUACCAGUCAAAUUGUAAUUGUGUUCCUUUUAUGUAUUGUGCAUGUAUGAAAACUAAACCCCUGGUCCUUCCCUAUGAUCUGAAUCAGUGUGCAAAGAGACAUCUGGAGACUACAGACAAAAUGGAGAGCUGUACCAUCAUCCCCCACACUCCCAACUCAAACAGCCUGACUUAAGGAAAUGCUGGGAAGCCAGGCAAUGACAUCAUUACAUAAACUCAGCACAAAAAGCAA